AUCCACAAAGUAAGAGCUCCCCAACUCUGGUUUGGAAAGCCCAAAUAUUUAGAACUGCAUAUUAAAAAAGCCUACAUUUGGGAGCUUAGAAGAAAGGCUACCUGAGAACCACAAGCUACACAGAACCUGGACUUAAAGUGAAGCAUCCGUGAUCACUCCAGUGCCUGCAAUCCAGAGUAAAGGGCCAAACCACAGCCUGGAACCUGGAGGUCAGCAUCCGUGGGAGGCUCAGGCCUAGUACCCCAACAGUGAAGACCUCUCAGGGCUCGCACUGCGAGAAGGGCCAUAGCGUUGGAUCCCAGAGGAAAUGGAAAGGGGAAAAGCAGUACAAAGCAGAGAGACCAGGAUGCCACUUCCUUUUAAGUCCUAGGAGCCAAGCUAAACACAAAGUUAGUUCAUCAGGAACCACAGAAGUGGAAUAGGCAUUUCUACACUUAGAUCAGUCCCAGGAGUUGUAUUACCCUCCACUCCCCGUCUCCUAUUUUCAGUCACUUAAGAAUACUGGGCUAAAGGACCUUCACGUUUAAAUUGCCGUUACUCAGAGUUCAACAAGUUUAAUCUUCAGUUACCUGAGUAGGGUCCCCCCACCCCCCGUAGCUAUAUAAUCCCUGCCAUGGUAGUGUCCCGACCGAAGGGACCAGCGCUUAAGAUGGUGUUAACCUAGAUCUGGCACAGCAGCGUACAGCGUACGGAAGGGGUAAAGGCUGCAGGAGACGGACGUGUUACCGGAGCCAGGCGCAAGGGCUUCUGCACUAUUUAUUGUCUUCACCGUGGUACAAGAGGUCUAUUGAUAGGUAUUUACUGGCCGCUUACUUCAGGGCCCUCCAUACUCUGUGUGGAACCACCUCCCUUUCUGCCGGCCUUCCUCCUCCUCUCGGGCUGGGUAGCCCGGGUCGGCGGCGGGGGCGCGCAAACACUACAGAGAGUCGGAGAGCCGCACCCCGCAGCCGCUGGGGGCAGGAAGGGGAGGGGGCGCUGCGUCAGAAGACACUUCCGGCCGCACGAGGUCUUCCGGCGCGGAGGUCACCAUGGCGGCGUCUUUGGCUCGGCUCGGUCUCCGGUCGGUGAAGCAGGUUCGAAUUCAGUUCUGCCCCUUCGAGAAGAAUGUGGAGUCCACGAGGACCUUCCUCCAGGCGGUGAGCAGCGAGAAAGUCCGUUCCACCAACCUCAACUGCUCGGUGAUUGCGGACGUGAGGCACGACGGCUCCGAGCCCUGCGUGGACGUGCUGUUCGGAGACGGGCAUCGCCUGAUUAUGCGCGGCGCUCACCUCACCGCCCAGGAAAUGCUCACAGCCUUUGCCUCCCACAUCCAGGCCAGGGCUACCGCGGGGAGCGAGGACAAGGCCGGCGCGAGUACCGGGCGCUGAUAGCGCAAAAUAGCCCAACAAGCAGGUUUUAGCUUGGGAUGGCUAGAAUACCCACCUGAGAAGAGCUUGAGAGACGUCAUCACUCGAAUCACCAUCUGGAGGGACACGGAGCGCCAAAAAAAAAAAAAAAAAAA